AUGAGUGCUUUGUAUUUAGGAACAGGAAAGUUAGAGAAAUAUCUUAUUGAGAAGUUGGAUAACAAGCUUGACACAAACUAAUAGAUAAAGCUAAAUAUCAUAUUAGACUAUAUGAGAGGAACGAGAGUUAACAAUAAAGAUAACCAAAGUUCCAUGUCAUUCCUGAGACCAAUGGUUGAGAAACAUGUAAAUAGAAAUUUGAGGAUAGGAUUUUGGCAUCAUCCAGAUACUGGGUUAUUCUAAGGAAAGCACUCUUAAGGUCCUUUGAGAGAGAUAUUUGGAGUGCAUCACAUCAAAGCUCAUGUCUUUGAUCAUAAUGUCCUAAUCACUGGGGCUAACUUGAGCGAAGAUUAUUUCACUGAUCGGCAAGAUAGAUAUUACAUUAUUGAAAAUUGCGAGCCACUUGCAAAUUAUUUUGAUGACCUAAUCAGCAUUUUGACUGAUUGCUCAUAUAAUCUAAAUGUGGACGGAAUGCUUAAGAUGCUUCCGCAAUAUCCUGAACCUAAUAAACAACCUAAAAAGUUUAAGAAUUAGAUGAGUCACCAUUUGAGAUUCCUGAGGUUUUAACACAGGACCUAAAUAUCAACAUAGGAGGAUCUUAAAAUUGAGGAUUAUUUCUCUGAAGUAAAGCCAUAAAAUAUGAAUGAUGAAGAUGUGCUUCUAAUUGACCAAAAGGGAAUCGGAAAGCCAUUUAAGAAUUAAGAUGAGACUGAAUUUAAAACUGAAAGUCAUUAAAAUAAGAUUAAACAGCACAAUAAUGAUUCAUUAGCUGGCGAGGAGUAGGUACUGAUUGAAAAUAGUUCAUUUUCAGAUGAAUAUAUUCUAGAUAAGAUAGUUUAAAUCAAUAAAAAGCAAGAAUAAGAUCAGGAAGGAUCAGGCCGAGUAUUUAUUUUCCCAACUUUGUAGAUGAAUGUCAUAAAUUAUAAAGAGGAUGAAGAGCUUUUUAUGGAGUUAUUGAAAUUCUACAGUUAAUAAGAAAACAAGUUUGAUAGACUGCAAUUAGCUACAGGCUAUCUUAAUCUUUAAAAAGAAAUAAAGAAUUUGUUAAAUUAGAAUAAGAAUCUUAAAACUGAUUUGCUAACAUCAUCUCCAAGGGCUAACGGAUUUUAUAAAGCAGGAAGAUUCAAGAAAUUUAUACCAGGCAUGUAUAGAGCUAAGGAGCUAUAAAUACUGUAAGAGAACUCAAAAAGCAAAAACAUCAAGAUAUUUGAAUGGGAAAGUGGUGAAUGGACAUAUCAUGCUAAAGGUGCUUGGUUCUAUGAAUAAGAGGAAUCAAAUAAUCCUGUAAUGACUAUCAUUGGCAGUUCAAAUUAUAGCAACAGAUCAAACAGAAGAGACACAGAAUGUUAAUUGUACAUACUAAGUGACUCUGAGGAAUUCAGGCAUAAGCUGAAGAUUGAAAGUGAUCAUCUUUUCUCAAAGAGCAAAGAAGUUUCUAUAGAACAUAUAACCAAAUUUGAUGAAGACCCACUUACUUUCAAAGAAAGAAUACUCGCCAAGAUAAUGAAUAAAUUGCUUUGA